UUCUCUCUUUAAUCACUUAACCAGAAAAUUUUACUUAAACCGAAAAAAAAAUGGCUGGAGGUCUCGGAGAAUGCAGUAAGAUCCGCCACAUUGUGAGGCUGAGACAGAUGCUACGACGGUGGCGCGACCAAGCGCGAACGUCUUCUUUCCGCCGCAGCGUACCGUCGGAUGUACCGUCAGGACACGUGGCGGUCUACGUGGGUAGCAGCUGCAGGAGAUUUGUGGUGCGCGCGACGUAUCUGAACCACCCCGCCCUGUGGGAUCUUCUGGUUCAGGCGGAGGAAGAGUUCGGUUUCGUGAACCAAGGUCCUUUGGUUUUCCCUUGCGAAGAAUCGGUUUUCGAGGAGUCGAUUCGGUUUAUUUCUCGGUCAAGAGGGUUUACUUGUUGUCCGGAUGAUGUCAAGAAGAACUGCCACGUGGAGCUCAGAAGCGAUCGAUGGAUUGAAUCUCGGCCGUUGCUUAACGGCGUCUCCGAGAAAGCAAUAUGGUACUGAAUCAUUUUGUCGGCAACGUACGUACAGAGUAAAUAGAGUAAUAAAAAGAGAGCCGUUGUACUUGACUCCGGUUCGACUCGCCAUGUUAGCUCUUUAUUUAUUUAUUGGUUCCUUUCUGUGUGAGGCGGCGAGUUUACUGAGCUGAGUUAGACGCGGUGGCGAAUACAAAAGAGAUGGCCGUUGAAUGUGAUUUAAAAUUGAUUUUGGCUCUAUCUCCAUCCAGUUGAAUUAAAUUGUAUAGAUUAUUUUUAAUAAUUGGAGAAAUUUGAUUACUGAUUCUAAACAUCUGUGUGUAAGAUUCCAGCGGAUUAAUGUAAUGGAGAUCGUUCUAUUU